AUGGCAUCCAACAAGGCAAAUAAGAAGAGACAUAGUACCGAAACAGAUAUGGAUCCAUUUCUUCAAAACCCCUCUGUGUACAGACGCCUAGUAGGUAGGUUGUCUUACCUUACCAUGACUCGGCCUGACAUAUGUUUUGUGGUGCAGACUCUCAGCCAAUUCAUGAGUGCUCCACGGAAAUCUCACAUGGAGGCAGCCACAUGUGUGGUGAGAUACUUAAAGGGCAGUCCUGGAAUGGGCAUCUUCCUUGCUGCAACCAACAGAACAAACUUAGAAUGCUAUGUAGAUUCUGAUUGGGCAGCUUGCCAUGACACAAGGAGAUCAGUGACUGGUUUUGUACUCAAAUUUGGUGGUUCUCCAAUCUGUUGGAAAUCUAAGAAGCAGCAAACAGUAUCUAAGUCUUCCGCUGAAGCAAGUACAGAGCUUUAG